AACGGUCCUUCCCGUGGCAGGUCCUUGGUGCGGGAAGCUGUGAACAUGGGCAGCUCCCUGGGCUCACCACAGAGAUCACUGUCUGCCCCCAGGCAUCCAAGGUCUAGGCCUUGCCGUGAGUGGAUUCAGCAAAGCUCUGGACCUAAGGUUCCUGCCCACCUUCACACGCCCCAAAGGGUGGUGGGAACCUGGAGGCGCUCCACCAUCAGACCUCCCACAGAUGCCACGCUGGGCCAGGAUCUCUCCAGUGCUUGGGAUACCUAUAUGAAACGUUGGCUUUGGAGUGUACGGAAUCCUGGGUGGACCUGCAGCCCGGUGACUGUCAAGAUUGCUCCUCCUGAGGGCAGAGGCAGUCCCCUGACCUCUCAGGAACAGGCAGCACGCAUUGCAGAGCAUCCUGAGGAGCUUCCAGACCCCUGUGCCAAGGAGACAGUGCUGAGAGCUCUCAGCCAGUGCAAGAAGGGAACUAGACGAUUUGAUGGACCUCUGUGGUUUGAAGUCUCAGAGGUGAAAAACAGAAGACCGAAUCCAGAAUCUAAGAGUUAUUCAGCCUUUAAACCCUGGAUAAAAAACGGAGUGGCUGUUUCCUUUGUUCCCAAGCCUGGGCCUCUGAAGCGAAACAUUGACUACAUGAGCUUCAAUGUCUAUAACAAGGAAACUGAUCUCCAGCCCUGUAUCCACACAGCCCUGCAUGCUGUGUCAGAGCCUCACAUGGAAAGCUCCGAGAAGACCCAGGACUCCUGGGACCCCUACCUACCCCCUGGGCCCAAGAUUGGAGACUGUGGAGUCUCCUUGGUGGGAGGGGAUUCUCAUUUUUGUCUGAGUUCUGUCAUCACCUCUGAAGAUUCCAGUGGACUUUUGCACCCAGGGCCUACAUUCUAGCCCAGUUUGGGAUGUAAUAGUUGCUUCUGCUCCUUCCAUCCUGUCCUCCCAUGUCCAAGCCAUCUCUCCUGCCUAUCAGGAUACUCUGUCUUUAAGCUCAAAUCAACAUCUUGGAAUUUGUCGCUCCUUCCUAUUUGCCCAGUUUGUAUAGUGAAACAUUUACUUAUUAAAACAGUGUUAU